AUUAACUUGUGAUUGUUCUGUAUUGAAGCGGAUUUCUAAGAAGAAAAUAAUUCCAAUUUUCAAUGGGGAAAUUCAUCAAUAUGAAAUUUAUGGUAUUCUUUGUAUUGUCACUGUUAUCCGUACAAAAUGUAAAAGGUGGUCCAAAAAACAGUACUGAAGUUGUAUUUAAUCUCCGAUCAUUCCUUGUAAGCAUCUGGCUGAGCUUUUGUUCACAUUACGCGGACACUCUCCGUUUUUUUCUGAGGGGUCUACCUAAAUCUCUCGGAGGCGACGAAAAUAAAUGAAUAACCUAAUUUCACUAAUAAAAUACUUGAUAACUCUAAA